GCAGUUUAGGCUCACACCGCUUUCGUCAGCCACAAUGAGUGAUAGCCACAAUAUGCCAAGCCAAUGGCAGAAAAAAAAGUUCUGAAGAUUAAACUUAUCGGUUGGAAAAAGUCAACAUCCAAUCAGCCAACCAAGUAUACCAAAAUCCAAUUGCGGCCGCAACAAUGGGUAAAAGUAAAUUGAAGGUCGCCCUCGCAGCAGAGAAAGGCAUCGAUUUCAAGAAAUUGAAAGAGAAGAAGAAGCACAAGGAGAGAACCAAGAAGAGACAAGAGAGAGAGAUCAAGAAUGGAGGGGCACCUAAACUAGACGCUGCCGAUGAAAAUGAUAGCGAUUGGGAGGGUGUUAAUGAAGAAGAUGAGGUCGAGGUCGAGGGCGGCACAUCGAUCUUAGAUGACGAGGCUGAGGAAGUUGAUGAUGAUGAAGAUGAAGAGGAAGAUGAGGAGGGAGAAGGUCCUAUCGACUUCGCGGCCGUGGACGAAAGCGACGACUCCGACUCUUCCAUAGAUCUCGAGGAAAAGAUAGAGCGCCCGCGGAAAUCCGCACUGAAAGCCAAAAACGCCAAGCCAAACGGAGAUAAGAAGAAACCCACAGACGAGGACGAAGAGGAGGACGAGGAGGACAUACCCAUGUCGGACCUCGAAGACCUACCCGACGAAGAGAAGGAUGACCUAGUCCCGCACUCCCGCCUCACCAUAAACAACACCUCCGCGCUCCUCGCCUCGCUGAAGCGAAUAUCCAUACCGACCGACAAAUCCGUGCCGUUCGCGACGCACCAGAGCGUCGUCGGCGUCGAGCCCACCGCCGACGGCAUCGAGGACAUCCAGGACGACCUGAAGCGCGAGCUCGCCUUCUACGCGCAGAGCCUGGACGCCGCGAAGCGCGCGCGCGCCCUGCUGAAGGCCGAGGGCGUCCCGUUCUCGCGGCCGACCGACUACUUCGCCGAGAUGGUCAAGGACGACGGACACAUGGAGAAGGUCAAGGCGAAGCUCGUGGAGGAGGCCAGCGCCAAGAAGGCGUCGGCCGAGGCCCGCAAGCAGCGCGACCUCAAGAAGUUCGGCAAGCAGGUCCAGGUCGCCAAGCUGCAGGAGCGGCAGAAGGCCAAGCGCGAGACGCUCGAGAAGAUCAAGACGUUGAAGAGGAAACGUCAAGAAUCCUCCGGCGACCUCGGCGCAACGGAAGCGGACCUCUUCGACGUCGGCGUCGACGCCGAGCUCAGCGCCCACAACGCCAAGCGCGCCUUCUCGCGGGGCAAGGACGGCGAGCGCUCCGGCCCCUCCUCCUCCGCCACCAGAGGCGGCCCCAACAACAAGCGGCAGAAGAAGAACGAGAAGUACGGCUUCGGCGGCAAGAAGCGGCACGCCAAGUCCGGCGACGCCGUCAGCUCCGGCGACCUGAGCUCCUUCAGCGCGCGCGGCAUGAAGAGCGGUUUCGGCGCCAGGGGAGGCAGGGGAGGAAGGGGAGGAAAGUCGGCGCCGAGGCUGGGCAAGAGUCGAAGGAAUGCCGGCGCUGGGAAGCGGUGAUCUUAGAUGAAAAAGUGGGGUUAGUCUAAAAGUGCUUCUCGGGUUGUAAGAAAAAUGGGAAUAGGUUAAUACGCGGGAUUUGGUCUUUAGCUGAGGGUCGUAGAGAUACCAAUCGAAUAGCCUCGGAUUGUAGUUCGUGGAUGGAUCAGACGAGGCUUAUGCACACAAAGACGACCUCAAAUUUUCACGUCAUAUAUUUGG